AAUACCGACCUGUAUAUGAUUUCCGCAUUGUAGCGGAAGUCGAUCGGGGAACGUGGUGAAACCAAACAAACACGAAAAAAUGUCUAGCGAUGCUGACAAAUUUGACGGUAUGCUGCUGGCAAUGGCCCAGCAGUGUGAGGGUGGAGUACAAGAGCUCCUGGAUGUCAUAUUUGGAUUUCUGGCCAGGAAGACCGACUUUUACACAGGAUCCGGUGGAUCAGGGGCUGAGGCACUGAUGAUGGAGAAGUUUAAGAAGUAUGAGUCGAUGGCAAGAGAGAAGGAAGAUCAGGUCAAGGAGGAGAGACAAGCAGAGGAACGAAAGAGGAAAGAACUGCUGGCAAAGAAGAAAGCAAAGGAGGAGCAAGCGAGAGUGUCGGUUAAAGAAGAGCCAAAGAUAAAGGAACUCACCGACGAGGAGGCAGAAGAACUGCAGAAACAAAUACAUGAGGAAUCCAAAAUAACAACACAACCAGCAGAAGAAGUCGAAGAGAAUGGAAAGGCUGCUGAAGACAAUAAAACGUCUGAGGAUGAGGAGGAGGAUGAGAAGGACAAAGGGAAGUUGAAACCGAACGUGGGAAAUGGCGCUGACCUUGAAAACUACUCAUGGACACAGACACUAGGCGAAAUAGAACUAAACAUUCCAUUUAAUAUAUCAUUUCCCAUUAAGAGCAAAGACUUGAUUGUUGAAAUUCACAAGAAGCACAUUAAAGCAGGUUUAAAAGGACACCCUCCAGUGAUAGACGGCGACUUUGAAAAAGACAUCAAGGUUGAGGAAACCACCUGGAUCAUUCAAGACAGGAAGAGUUUGCUCAUUAGCAUUGAAAAGGUGAACAAAAUGGAAUGGUGGAGUAGAGUUGUGAAAACAGAUCCAGAAAUCAACACAAAGAAAGUUCAGCCUGAAAAUUCUAAAUUGUCUGACCUGGACGGGGAGACGCGGUCUGUGGUUGAGAAGAUGAUGUAUGACCAGCGACAGAAAGAGAUGGGGCUGCCCACAUCCGACGAGCAGAAGAAACAAGAUGUACUCAAGAAGUCAGUAACACUGUCAACACGUGAUUUACACACACAUUAACUAACCAAGACGUAC